GUUGCAACAGGUCACAUAGAGGGCUGGAAGCAAUGUGGCCACUGGCCAGAUGGACAAAAUUAAUGGGAUGCAUAUUUGACUUUGAAAAUAGCCUACACAUUCACUCACAGUCAAAGUCAAUUAGACCCUAUUCAAACGGAUUAAUUGUUUUACACUCGGGGGAAACUGGACUCUUUUGAGUUUAUGCCCUCUGAACUUGUUGCAGGACCUGAUUGUGACCACAGGGCAGGACGCCCGGCGCUCGUUAACGUGUAAUUGCUACACUUAACCGCGGCUGGAGAUAGACGGUAAAGCGAUACAGUAUCGCUUUUUCGGUCAAUUAUUUUGUUUUAUGGUUUUGAAAUACAUCGCAACUGAUGUAAUAAUUUAUUCACAACAGUGUCAUGCCUGGGACGUCUAGCCAACUGUGACUUUACUUGCGGGAGAAGAGAAGAGAAUGUGUGUUUGGUCGCAGCUGGUCUCGUUGAGUAGAUGGGUCUGUGUGGAGAGACGCUGCGUUUCUCUCUCUGCUGGAGAGUACUGACCAAGGCGACAGUAACGUGACUGUGCGCAUGUAAGAAAGCUAUCUCUACCUCCAACAAGUCUAAGUGAUAAAUGCUCAUAUCUAGCCACAGCAUGGACGGGCUGCCGACGGAGAGCACCGGACUCAACAGCAUCAACAAGGAGAAAACAGAUGAACAGUACCGGGCUCUAGCCUACGACACCGCGCUCAGCACACUGGUGGCCGUGGUGUUUUACGUGGUGGUCAAAGUGAGCCUGGACGGGAUCAGGCAAUGGCGGGCCCGGAUCUCGGUUCUAAUAGUGGGCUCGGGUCCCGUGGGGCUAACGGCCGCGCUAGUCGCUGUUCGCUCGGGGAAGGUGCUGAAGCUCACGCUGCUGGAUGAGAGGUACCGCACGGCGCUGCUCUGCCGCCCCCAGCAGAUUGCCCUGGACCCGCGCAGUGUGGAGUUCCUGCUCGAACUGGGGGUGGACUUUGAUAACAUGGAGGGCUGCUGGCACAACGAGCACUUCUUCACGAAGAUAGGAGUGUUUCAAGAGUACCUGCUUAGCAUUCUGGAGCAGAAGAGACAGAAGGUGGAAAUCAAGGUUCAGCUGGGAACGAAGUUCACAGAGGAGUACCUGCGGAAGAUCCCGGGUUCUGAUUGGCCGCGUGUGAUCGUGGUGGCUGAUGGGUCGUGUGGGGACUCAUGCUCUGUGCUGGGUAUCAGCUCUGACUACACUGUAGAGUCCUGCCACGCAUACGGGGCUAAUGCCACUAUAGAGAGACUGGACCAGAGACAGGUGCCCACCCCAGAGAUCCGAGCCCACAGCCUGUUCUUCGACUUGUCUGCGUACGGAGUGGAGGCUCUCAGGGAGCCGAAAAGCUCUGCCGUCAAGCCAGGGUUCCACCUCAAGAUCUACGGAACCUUCCGGAACCGCUACAUGGCUCUGGUCUGCCCUGCCUCAGACACCAAGAUGGUCCGCUUCCUCCGACACACAGCUAACUCCUCGAUCAUGAAGAACAUCUUCCACCAGUCGUUUAAUGCGUAUAAGACCGACAUCGAGCCCCGUCUCAACGACCUGACACUGCACCGCAUGCAGUGCAGUAGACGUCUAUUUGACAUCCAGCUGUCUCACCGGAGAGUCAGUGCCGCCUACAUAGAGGGAGACAAUGUGUCUGUGACCGUGGAGGGGGAGGCGGUACGGGUGCUCAACUUCGACACAGGUUGUGGGGUGAACCUGGGGAUGAGGGGUCUUGAGUCCUUGGGAACAUUUAUCUACCACACGGCCACGGCUGUGGACCAGAAUGACAUGUUGGAGGCCCUGUCCGCCAAGAUCCAGCACUCCAGACAGGUGGCCGAGACCUUCAGGCAGACUGGUCUGGCACACACCAUGUUCGAGUGACACACAGUGACACAAGGGGGCGGAGUGGGACACUGUCUCUAGAGUCCCUGUUUCAGCUGAAAGAGAAAAGUGGCUUUUAUAUUAAAUGUAAAAAAGCUGCUUUACCACCGUUGGCCCAUGGAUCAGGAGCACAGAGAGGGUUCUGAACAGGAAACAUACUCUAUGGAUGAAUGUACAGGAGGUUGGUGGCACCUUAAUUGGGGAAGACGGGCUCGUGGUAAUGGCUGGAGUGGAAUAAGGGGAAUGGUAUCAAAUAAAUCAAACACAUGAUUUCCAAGAUCUAUAGCCUUUAUGUAUGGUCUGCCGUGAGGACCAAAGCGCAUAUGUCAGUGUUUCAUUUCAGGGAUGGGAGUGUCUCGGUGUUCUACAGUGGCUUCCUUCCCUUACCUUCCAUCAUCCAACCAAUCCUGUAGUUUCAGAUAGAUGGAUGAUGGACAGGAAGCUGUUAAAGAGCAUUGAGAUGCAGUCUUGCACUUGAUGUUCUGUGGGUUUAACUGAAACUUGAAUUGUGUGAUGGAGUUUCUUUUUUUCCGGUGGAGUGACCUGUUUUGUGAGAUAUUCAGUACAGUAUGUUCUAAUUCUGUGUUUUUGACACCUUUGGUAUGUGCCUGGUGCAUCGUACAACUCACAAACCUUGGCCAUUAGCCAGAAACAAAUGGCUUCUGUUGUUACAAACCCUUUACUGCUGAAUAAUGUUUGAGUAGCUUUUAAGAUUCUAGAACUGCCUCUGAUUAGGACUUUUAGUAUUGUUGAAGGAAGCUGAGUGGCAGGCUGAAAACGUCUGGUCCCUCUCAUCUCCACUAAUAUAAAAAGGCAGGAUAGAUGAACGCAAUAUGUGCAGAUAAAGGGAAGGCGACAAAGAGAGGAAGCCAGUUUGUACUUUUGGGAUUAUGCACCCAUAGUUCCACAGGAAGAUGUGGAAGGAGCUUAUUAUGGCAGUAUGUUCCAAUGGGGAAGAAGAGAAUUGACUAAGUAGUAACACGUGGGAGAAGGUAUCAUGUUGAAGUGCCAUAAGUACUGGCUCAAUCAGUCGUUACCACACCGGACUGAUACAAGUGAAGAUUGUACUCUUUCUAUGGAUAUUGUUUGUUUGUUUAAUAAAAUAUAUGGUCUUUCAAA